AUGGCAGCGACACGCCCCACCACGUGCGGACCCACUGCGGCGUCGUUCGCUGUACUACUGGUAGCUGCGGCUACCUGCGUGACGGGGGCGUCGGCUGCCCACAACUGGCAGCGUAGCCCGGCCGAAGAUAAGGGCUGCGACGGCCGCACGCGCGGCCACGUGGGCUCCGGGCGGCCGGACGCCGUCUGGACGUCGGCAGCCACGUGCAGCGCACGGGCCCGCAUCUGGCUGUCACUUGGAGCCGGCGCGCGUGGCCGCGAUGCGCAGCGGUGCACGCAGCAAUGCAGCCACAACACCAGGGGGCCGGCGCGGGGGCGGCUCACGCCUCCGCUGGAGCGCGCGCGCUCUGACCACGUGCGAGGCAGCCAGUGGGAGCUAGAUCUUAUCCUGCGGAAAUUUCUGCACACAUUAUCAGCCUCCACGAUGACUCCAAAGCAGAUAGUGGGAAUAAAUCCAUUGUCAAAAUUGUCGGACGUGCAGUGCGGCCGGCAGUGGUCGCCGGGUCGUCGCGGCGCGCGCAUCGUGGGCGGCGAGUCGGCCGCCCCCGGGGAGUUCCCCUGGCUGGUGUCCAUCACGCGCCAGGGCGGACACUUCUGCGGCGGCACGCUGCUCACGCGCCGCUGGGUCGUCACCGCCGCGCACUGCAUGUGCAGCGGCAGCGUGGAGCUGCCCAUCUCGCAGGUGCGCGUCUCCGUGGGCGCGCACGACCUGUCUGCGGCGCACCGCGGCGGCGGCGGCAGCGGCGGCCCGGCGCUGGCGGUGGAGCGGCUGCUGGUGCACCCCGGCUACCGCUGCCGCAAGUUCGCGCACGACGUGGCGCUGCUGCGGCUCGCCGCGGAGGUGCGCUGGCGGCCCGACUCUGCGUGGCCCGCCUGCCUGCCGGCGCCCUCCGGCUCGCCAGGCUCCUCCAGCUUCUCGGGCCGCGAGGCCACGGCCGCCGGCUGGGGCUGGAUGCAGGAGAACCAGGGCGUGCGCGCAGACGUCCUGCAGAAGGUGAAUGUGCAAGUAGUGGACAACGAGCAGUGCCGUGAUUGGUACAAAUCUCAAGGCAAGAAGACCAAAAUACUGGACUCGCAGAUCUGUGCUGGCUUUGAAGUCGGAGGCAAAGACUCCUGCUGGGCGGACAGCGGCGGCCCGCUGAUGGUGGCGGACGGAGAGCUGACUACGGUGGUGGGCAUCGUGUCGACGGGCAUCGGGUGCGCGCGGCCGCGCCUGCCUGGCCUCUACACGCGCCUCUCCGACUACGUCCUCUGGAUACAGGAGCACGUGCGCGAGCCCUAGCCCCCGCCGCUCGCCACCGGCCGGGACCCACUGCCA